AUGGCCGCCCCACGUAGCGCCGCCCUGAAGAUCGACUGGGCCAAGGUCAGCACCUCGCUGGGCCUUCGCGGCCAGACUGCUGCUUCCCUCCAGGCCUUCAAGAAGCGCAACGACGAUGCCCGCCGCAAGAUCACCGUUCUUUCCGAGCAACCCCAGGCCGUUGACUUUGACUACUACCGCAAGAACCUGAAGAACCAGGCUGUGAUCAACGAGAUCGAGAGCCACUUCAAGACCUUCAAGCCCGCCACCUAUGACGUGAACCGUCAGCUCAAGGCCAUUGACGCUUUCGAGACGCAGGCUAUUAAGAGCGCUGAGGAGACCAAGGGCCGCGUCGAGGCCGAGCUAGCCAACUUGGCGAAGACUCUGGAGAACAUCGAGACUGCCCGUCCUUUCGACGAGCUCACGGUGGACGAAGUUGCCGCUGCCCAACCCGAAAUCGACGAGAAGACCGCUUCUCUCGUGUCCAAGGGCAAAUGGAUGCCCGCUGGCUACAAGGAACGAUUCGGCAACCUUUCCAUCCUUUAG